ACCGACCCAAACCCGCUUUUGUCCUAUUUGAAGGCACGUGGCAAUGGGUCCGGUGUCCCAUGGGAAUUUGUAACGCCCCUGCAACGUUUCAGCGAGCCAUGAAUAUGGCCUUCGCUGAGUUCGUUAACAAAACCCGACUGACCCAUCCCCUGAUCAAUUUUUCCGUGAUUGUGUACAUGGAUGAUAUUUUGGUCUUUUCAAAAAUACACGAGUACCACGUGGAACACAUUGAGUGGGUUUUGCAUGCACUAAAAGAUGAAGGGUUCAAAGUGACCUUGGAGAAAAGCGAGUUCUUCUUGUUGGAGAUCUUCUUCUUGGGGUACAUCGUCACGGUCGAGGGACUAAGACCGGAUCCGAGGAAGGUGGCAGCAGUUCUAGAAGCCCCAGCGCCGAUCACACUCACCCAGGUUCGGGCUUUUCUAGGGCUCGCAUCCUAUUACCGACGCUUCAUCAAGGGGUUCGCCGGUAUAGCGAAGCCCCUCACGAACCUGCUGAAGAAAGAGGAACAGCUGAUCUGGACGCCGGAAUGCGAGGCGGCGUUUCAAGCGUUGAAGGAGGCUCAGACAUCUGCUCCUGUGUUGUGCGUUAGGUACCGAAGUGAAAAGACAUGGGUCUGUCCCAACUAUAGAACGGACCAAGUCCCUACCGAGAAGCGGUAUCUGGACGCCAGAACAACCGACGGAUUUGCGCGAAGUGCCCGCUGGGCAGAAGCCUGGACGGACCUUCUGUUGCUACGGAGGCUGUCAGGCGACUCGCUGUCAGAACUUAGUAAAGCUGAGAGGCGGAGACUUACGGAGCGGGCAAAGGACUAUCGUUGGCAGGGACUGACGUUACAAAAACGAAAAGUCGAUGAUGAGGGAGGGUCUAGCUGGUUGACGGUUCCACACCCUCUCGCUAGGUUCGAUUGGACACGAGCCGCUCAUGAAGAGGAUGCGGUCCAUUUCGCGGUCAAGUAUACGGAAAAAGCCUUAGAAAAGAACGGAUGGUACUGGUCGGGAAUCCGGGAAGAUGUGAAAUACAUCGUUGAAAAUUGCCCGGCCUGCGCGGCGGACAAAGCGCCGGUACAGAUGCCUCGGACGAUGGUGCCCACUCGUGUAGAGCGCCCCCUUAAGAGGGUUAGCAUCGAUACGACGGAUAUCAACGUUCCGAGAGGGCCCGUCGAUCAGGGAGAACUCAAUGUUCUUUUAGUGGCCGUCGAUCAUUUUUCAAAAUGGAUCGAGGCGUACCCUAUGACCAACUGGAAUUCGCAGGAAGUAGCCUGGUACGUAAAUCGAUUUUUGUGCAUGCAUCUAGACGUAGAAGAGGUACACAUGGACAAUGGGUCGGAAUUUCAAGGCGAAGUAGAACGUCACCUAGUCAAGGCGGACGUUAAGAUUAUCUACUCGUCGGGGCAUUGGCCUCAAGCCAAUGGCCUGGUAGAAAAUACCAACCGACUGAUUAAGACGGCCCUUAGAUAUCGCCUGUUGCGGCAUCGGUUCAAUGAGGAGAGGCAGUUGCGGUACGACAUUCAGCAAGUGAAUGUGCCGGCGCCCGGGGUUGCGGAUUUGGCGGCGUACUCGUUGCUUUGCGAUCGGCUGACGUAUGCGGGGGUGUACGUGGACGUGACGCUGUUGCCUGGCCGGGAGACGACCCGAGUAUUCAUUGAGCUCCGCGCUCUCCAGGUGGCACCCAAUUUCGUGCACAGCGUCGCCACCUUCAUCGGAGACUUGACGAUCCUACCGCAGCCGAAUCGGGAGCCGGCGCGCAGCUUUGUGCGCGAAUACGCGGUGGAAGCGGCCAGAUUGCAAGGACGAGGGGGACACUGAUUCACAGCCCACGAGGUGCUGCUGCGUAGGGCAGAGGACAAACCGAUUGUGUUGGUGUCGCAGCUCCCCGCGCU